UUUAUUUUUUUUUAUCUUAUCAGUUUCUCCCAUUUAAACCUGGUGCCUAAACAUGUACCGUAUACGGUACAGCUGGUACUUUGCAUUGGCACAUUGUACCCAGGGCGGUUCCGACUGUAUUUACAGUUACAUGAUGUCCUUUCGCAGUCCUGUGGCUGUGAGUGUGCGCUCACUAGUACUCCACACCCCUGUGUGCUCUCUAUCAGGCUCCUCACACUCCCCUCCCUCCCUGCCUGGAACAGAUGCAGCAUUGAGCAGCACGUGAGCUUCAUAUGACAGCGGCAGCAGCUGGUUCACUUGGCACUGGGCGUGCUGCUGUCACAGGGAGGGACACACCACCACUACCCCCCCACCAAUGAGCACACUACAUCCCCUCCCAUCCAUUUAACCAGAAGCUGGAGCUCAUAUCACCAUCAUAUCCAUGCAGCACAGCAGACACUGCUGGUACACCAAGACUCCUACAUCCUCCACCUGAGCUCCUUACCUGUGCCCAUAGGAAUACUGCAGGAGACAACAGUCUCUCUACUGUAUGGACUAUCUGUUCUCUUGUACACUUUUGUGGAUUUAACUUCUGUUGGCAUGGAGCGAAUCCCCAGUGCCCAGCCUCCCCCUACUUGUCUGGAAAGAUCUGCCUCCUUGUCUGGGAUGGAUUUUUCCCACAUGUAUCCCGUUUUCAAAACCAGGAAAGGGCUGAAGCGAUGUGAGGACGGCAAGGAAACUUACAAGCUCCCUCACCGACUUAUUGAAAAGAAAAGACGCGAUCGGAUUAAUGAAUGUAUAUCUCAACUCAAAGACCUGCUGCCGGAGCACCUCAAGCUUACCACUCUAGGACAUCUUGAAAAAGCUGUGGUGUUGGAACUGACCCUUAAACAUGUGCAGUCCUUAUCCAACCUGAUUGAGCAGCAACAACAGCAGAUCCUAACACUUCAGAAGGGUGGUUCUUCAUUGAACAGCAAAUCCUCAGGGGACGAGAUGUUUCGUUCAGGGUUCCAGUUGUGUGCAGAAGAAGCUCUACGAUUCGUCCAAGGAGGAGAGAAGCGUGAACUUGUAGCUCACCUUCAUCGUGUGGCCUCUGAUCUCAGCCACAGUCCCUCCAGAACUCCCAAACCGGAUGAAAAGCCCAGUCCUAAGGCUCAGGCCACCAACUGCGUCCCUGUGAUUCGCCGUGCUGCCCCCCUCCAAUCCGGAGAGCAGAGCGGCACCGACACGGACACUGACAGUGGGUACGGCGGAGAAGUGGAUAAGACUGAUUCCAAUCAGGAACAAGGGGGUGCAGCUAAGGAAGAUAACUCAAGAUCCCCGACCCUAGAUAGGGUCAUCAAGCAAGAACAAGAGGAAAUUCCAAAGAAGAGGCCUAGACUGGAGACUGCCGAUAGUGACCCUAGAUUCUACAGCAAUGACCUUCAUUCAGUGGGUUCUUACCCUAUGCAUCCACCCUUUUGUUUCCCAUUUUGUUUGAUACCCCCUACACCCUCUGCUUAUUUGCCAAUGCUGGAAAAAUGUUGGUACCCAGGAUCUAUGCCUAUGUUGUAUCCUGGCUUAUCUCAGUCUGGACUGCUGAGUCAAGAUAGCAACACACAAGUUCACUCCCCAGCAAUGCCAUCCAUGGACUCCUCUGCCUUACUACAAGCACUUAAACAGGUACCCAUAGUGGGUGCAGAUCCCAAAGACUGAGGAGGAAGGAAAAAAAAAAACACUUUGUAUUAUUAUGACAAUCAAUCAUUCAGGGGAUCCCCCAGUAUGAGACUCUGCGCGAGAAACUGGGGCCCACCAGUAUGAGACUGCGCGAGAAACUGGGGCCCACCAGUAUGAGACUCCGCAAGAGAAACUGGGGCCCACCAGUAUGAGACUCCACAAGAGAAACUGGGGCCCACCAGUAUGAGACAACAAGGUGGUAUCCACCUCUCUGUGAAGGGAACCCAUUGAGUGAACAUGGUAGUUCCUUAAGAUUGUCCACCAAGAGGAGAAAACAGUCUUGGAACCAAUGCUGCGGAAUUAUAAGAUGUGGAUAGGGGUAGCGAAGUCCAGCAAAUAUGGAGACCUUCCCCCUCUUAAGAAGUGGAGGCAGAGAACCCUUGUUGGUCUAAGUCUCCUUCGUUGGCAGCCUGGUAACUGAGGCCAGCUGGGCAUGGACUUGGACUGGAGCAGCUGCCCUUGCGUCACUUGCCCUACAGGAUAGGGUUCAAGGCUCCACUAAACAGCACUUUAUGUUAGUAUAUUAGAUCUGUUUCCCCUUCUGGACUUUUGCCUAGCUUCCAGAUUUAAGGGGAGAAUGUCAAGAAAAUAAAUAUUUUUGAGAAAAAAAUAAAACUUUAUUUGGUAAAUUUGUGGCCUCUAAUAUUCAAAGUGUACAAAAAAUAGACGGAAAGAUAUGUGUCUCGCCGGGUAGUGAUGGAC